AUGAUUAAAUUUAUAAAAAGCCUUGACUAAUUUGGAGCAUCUUUCUAACCUAAUAUCUAUUACACAUCAUCAGAAUACAAAACUGUUUAAGGAGGAUUGAUGUCUGUCUUACUUUAUGGUUUAAGUUUUUCAUACCUAAUUUAUAUGAUAAUAUAAUGGUAAAGUGGAUAAAUAUUACCAAAAAUUACUACCUUAUCAAAUUUUGAAUAAGAUUACAAAUUGGAAUUAUUAGAGAAAUUUAUAUCAGUAGAAAUGAGGAAAUACUAAUAUACAUUCAUAGAUCCAUUUAACCCAGAAGCUUUAAUUCUUUAGCCUGUUAUCUAUCAUUUUAUUAAUGGAUAAUCUCCUACUCAAGGAUAUCCUCAAUAAUUUAAGAAGAAAACUAAUAUGUUCGAUUUCCAUAUUGUUGAAGUUCAAAACCUAACAAUACAGACUAGUAGUUAAUUCUCCAAUGAUAAUCCUUAAAUUGAAAUGAUGCUAGUUUUAGGUUAGUGUUUAGACUUUUAUUUAUAAGAGGGAUAGAAAUGUGCUAAUAAUGAAACAAUUAAAAAUUUUUUUGAUUAACAAACUAAUACACUUAUAGUCAAAUAAUCUAAAAAAGAAUUCAAUACUAAUACUGCUACCUUAGAAGAUAUUGAUAAAGAAUUAGUCAUUCCUCUAACAAAAGAUAGUACAUUUUUUGCUUAAAUUAUUACUAAGAUUUCAAAUACAUAAGUUGAUUAAGGAUUUUUAUUUGAAAGUUUUGAUGAGUAUGAAUAUAUCACUGAUUAUUAAGUUACUGCUAAUUCUAUGAAUAAACAAUAUUUUGGUUAAAAAUUAGGUUAUGAAACCUAUGCUGUAUUUUAUUAUUAAGUUGAUUAAAUUCAAAAUACAUCAUAAAUUAGUUAUCCUAAAAUUAGUGAAGUUUUAGCAGAUGCUGGUUCUAUUGCAUCAACUCUUUUAUUAUUAUCCUAUAUUGUUAUACUCAUGAAUCAAAGUUAUCUAUAAUUUGAAGCUGUCAAUCAUGUCAUUGAAAUGUAUUAUCCACAGUUCAAAAAUUUCAAAAUUAUUAAAAAUGUCUUUGGCAAAAUAAUUAGAGUUGAAAAUAAUGGAAAAAUUGUCAAUCUUAAUCUAUUCUUUCCUUAUUAUGAAAAAUUAAGGAAAAUUGGAGAAAUGAAACUCACUAUUUCUAAUCAAAUUUAUGAAAUAUCUAGAAUACAGUUUAUACUUUAAUUUUAGUAUUCAAAUAAAUUUAUUUCUAAAUUUCAUUAGGUUGGCAUCCCUUUAUAAAAUCUAUCUUAGGAUUCAAUCUUAAUUAAAGAAGAAAAUUAAUCUAAAUUAGACAAUAGCAUUAUUAUACAAGAAUAAAACUAUAAAUCUAAUCAAAUAGUAAGAUAUUUUAACAUAUUAGAUACCUAAUGUAGAAAGUUAAGAUUUUUAAUUCAAGUAAGAUAUUAUCUCCAGAAAAGAAUCUAAUCUGAUGUUACAUCCUGUAAAAUAGGAGGAAAAUUCAAAUGAUCAUUCUAGUUAAAUCAAACAAGAUGAUUAUCUAAAACUUAAUGAACUUAACUUAAAGGAUGAAGAUUUUGAAUUAUUAACAAUGCAAGAAACAUAUGUUUAAUUAGAAGAAAAAGAAUUAAACUCAAAGGAUUCAGAAUAAGUGCAACAAUUGUAGCAUGAUCAAACUAAUGUAGAUUUAAUAAAAUAGAAAUAACCAGAAUGA